AUGACCGACAAAGACUCGUCCCCAGAUGGCGUGGAAGGUUCGGUGGUCGCUGUGGGUAUUACCAGCAUCAACGACGGGGCCUUCCAUUAUGUCGCACGGGGAGGGGCUAUCGAUGAGCUUUCAAGCAGCGACUCGAUCGAUGGAUUCGAUUCGGAGCGGAUGAGAGACCGGACGCUCUUGACAGCUGAGGAAGAGAAGAAGCUCCUACGACGCAUCGACUGGCAUCUGAUGCCGUUAUGCUCCCUCAUAUUUAUGUUCAAGAAUCUGGAUUCCCAGAAUAUUUCCAAUGCGAGGAUCAUGAACCAGGGAUCGGACCAAAAUAUCAUGACCCAGCUCGGAAUGACGUCUGAUCAGUAUGCUCUACUGACUGCGGUUUACUAUAUCCCAUAUAUUGUGGCCGAGGCGCCUUCGAACCUGCUCUUGAAACGCUACCUACCAUCGCGAUGGCAAUCAAGAAUCAUGAUCACCUGGGGUGUGAUGCUCAUGUGUCAUGCCGCGGUCAAGAACAAGGAGGGUCUGUAUGCCACGAGAUUCCUUCUUGGACUAGCAGAAGCAGGUCAAUUUCCUGGCGUGAUCUUGCAAAUGUGUUAUUGGUACAGACCAGACGAGAUGUCACUCAGGCUUCUAUACUUCUACGCGUGCGGCAAUGUUGCUGGGAUUGUCGGUGGUCUUCUAGCCUUUGCAUUUGACCACGCGUCUGGGUCAGGCGGCCUCUCUGGAUGGCAAUGGUUAUUCCUUGUCGAGGGAAUCGUCACCGUCGUGGUUGGUGUUGCAAUCUGGUUUCUACUUCCGGACUUUCCGGAUACUGCAAAAUGGCUGACAGACCGCGAAAAGGCCUUCAUCCAGGCUCGCCUGCCCUCUAAUGCUCCCAGAACCAAGGAGCAAAACUUCAAAUGGGCCGAGAUCGUCGAGUCCUUGCAAGACAAGCGGCUCUGGCUCUUUACUGCGAUUUGGGCAAUAUACACCGUUGGGACCAGCGGGGUUACAUUCUACCAGUCUACUGUCAUUGUCAAUCUCGGGUUCACGAAUAUCGCGACGGCCCAGAUUCUCAACAUCCCAAUCACUGUCACAAGUCUGCUCGUGAUUGGCAUCACAGGCGUCAUUGCAGACAGGGGCCGCUUCCCGCGACCAGUGUAUCCGCUCACAUUUCUCAUCAUAAUCAUCGCCUGUUAUGGUGUACUGGUGGCCUAUCCAAAUACCGGAGGAGUUUACGCGGCCACCCUGAUCGGAAACGCGGUCACUGCGGCUUGGUACCCGAUGAUGUGGCCGUGGAGAGUUCAGACGACAAGUCGGGCGACGGGCUCGGCGUUCUCCAUCGGCUUUGUCAACAGCUACGGCCAGAUUGGCGGAGCAGUGGGGCCCCAGAUAUUCCGCAGCAAGUACGCGCCGCACUACACUGUCCCGUUCACGGUAGCCAUGUGUCUUGUGGCUGCCUGCAUGGUCGUCACUCUGCUGACAUGGUGGGUGACUUGGGACACGGAACGGGACACGAGGAGGUUAAAGCUGGCCAGGAAGGCUGCGGAACAACGGGGCGAGACGAUCCUCGAGGAUGUCGUUGACAACGACCUGCAGAAACGCCCGAAACGCGGUGGGAUUGCGUAG